UCUUAACUGCCACCCCAUUUCUGCAACAUCUAACAUUGAAAGCACCACAGGUGUGGCUUGAUCUCUACCACGAUGGGUUUCUCAGAACUCGCAAUAUACACCCUAGGCCUCGCUUGUAUCGCUAGAAGCAUAAUGGCCUUCAUCAACCCGCAGGCCGAAUAUGCACUCAAUGGACUAAAGCAUACCGCCACUUCGAAGGAUGACCCAAGCUCGGCACCUAUUUACAUGCUGGGCACUUGGGAGGUGUCGGUUGGUAUCCUCUUGUUGGUACACCAGGUAAACGGAAACAGCACUGGAGUCACGACGCUCCUAGGGUUGAUGAGCUUGUACAAGGCUGGCGUUGCCACACUACUUUGGAACAUUGGAAGCAGCAUAAGUAAGGUUGCCGGGAAUGUGGCUACGGCUGUUUUGCUCUUAACAUGGGCUGUUUUGAAAAGCUAA